AAGAAGAAGAAGAAGAAGGAAAACAUGGCGACAACGAGACAGGAAAUGGUGUGGAGUGGUGUGUUUCAUUGUGUUUAUGAUUAGCUUAAAAUUGAGUGUUGAUUUAUGAUGUCUGCAAAACGGAAUCUUCCAGUCUGGAUGGUCGCAUCUGAUAAUAAAAGUGGUAAAGAAAAGCAGAUGAGAGAGGCAGUAAAGAGGAAACCGGAAAUAAACCCUGACAGAUGUGUAAGAAAAAAGUGCACCAAAAGAAUGAUGUACUGGAUGAAUGAACAGGAGCUUGUGGAAACAGCACUCAGUGUUCUGGAGAGAGAGAACAGAGAGACAGCUGCAGCAGACAGAUGUGCUCCAUCGCACACUGAAACGACAGUGAUUCCAGAGACUGAUCACGAAGAGACGACGGACUCUGAAGUUUCAGAGGCAGCCGUGGAUAUUGCUGAGCAAGAGACAGUACCAUACAGCAAGCGUUUAGAGGAGAGACGGCGCAGUAGUGCAUCAGAGAACUCUGAUGAGCGGCGUCGAGCUUCAUCAGUGGUUUUGGAGAAGGAAGUCGAGUCUGAGAAGGACAACUCUCGGAGUGAUUAUGAUCAUGAAGCUCUGCAGGUGCUGCGAGAGAUUUUUUUUUAGCUGAUGGUGAAACAUGAGUACUGAAGGGUUUUGUGUUCACUGCAGCAAAACUGAGGAGUAGGGUGCAUCAGUUGCCCCCUAAAAAUGAAAAGUUCCUCCGAUCAUGAUGCAUUUUUGUUUUUAUGUUCCUUUUGGUAAGAAAACACACUGGGUGAAAUAUUUUGACAAAAUUCAAAAGUGUAAUGGUGGCACCAGGAGCUCAAAGUUAUGGAAAAAGCUGCUAUUUUAUGACAAAAUUUCAAUCACUUUUCAUGAAACAUUAUGGCACCUUAUAGAGUAUACCAAAUAUCUUAGAUACACAUUUUUAGUGCAUAUUCUAAAUAUAUUAUCAAGCACAGUUUGAGUUUUAGCUGUUCAUUGAAUCAUUGUUCAACUACUUUUAAACAAUGCAAAUGUAUUAUGAAUCACAUUAACGCUUCUCGAUCCCUUGCAAAGGUUCUUAACAUCAUCUCUGGGUCACAAGAAAUCAAUAAGUGGAGUCCAACAUUGUGAUUCAAACCUUACGCGAAAACAUAAAAUAAGCGUUUUUUGGCAAAAAAUGAACCUCAUGGUGCCACCGUUAGACUUUUGAAUAUGGUCAAAAAAAAAUUUUUUUUUUUAAAGAUAUUUUUUUGGGCUUUUUCCACCUUUUUAUUGGAUAGGACAGUGUAGAGACAGGAAAUGGGCGGGAGAGAGAGACGGGGAGGGAUCGGGAAAUGACCUCGGGCCGGAAUCGAACCUGGGUUCCCGGAUUUAUGGUAUGGCGCCUUAUCCACCUGAGCCACGACGCCCCGUGGUCAAAAAAUUUUACAGGAUGUCUUUAUUGGUGGCGGCACGGUGGUGUAGUGGUUAGCGCUGUCGCCUCACAGCAAGAAGGUCCUGGGUUCGAGCCCCGGGGCCGGCGAGGGCCUUUCUGUGCGGAGUUUGCAUGUUCUCCCCGUGUCCGCGUGGGUUUCCUCCGGGUGCUCCGGUUUCCCCCA